AUGUCGUCAGACGCGAAAUCGGUUUCAUCUGCUAAGCAAAGCAGCAAAGUUUCAUCGAGUACUGGACGACCAUCAUUGAAAAAUUUAACUCGUGCACGCGUUCCGCGCGCUGGUUUAUUUGGCAUAAGUCUUGCUAUAACAGGCGCUCUUCUCUGGAAGAUCAAUGUCUCGGACCGGCAUAAACGCAAUAUUUCGUCAUUCUACAAAGAUUUUGAUCCGGAACGUGAUUACGCUCGAAUGAAAGGUUCUGGUGUAUUCAAAAGUCUUGAAGGCCAAGAACGACCAGCAUGGCUUCAUGAAUACGAAGCCGAACUUGAUAAGGCUAUCGCUACUCUACGUACAUCCGUCACCCGUAAAUGGUAA